CUGUUGUCAGCUGUGAGGUGUUUUUUUGCUCUUAUUCACAUUGUUUUGGUUUUUGGGGAAAAACAUGAGCGUAAAUAAAAACGUUAGGAGUAAGAAUUGAAUUGUUUGAUUAUUAACCUGCCAUAGUGAACAUAGCCAGCAACCAUGGCUACAAUGGUAAAGGAAAAGCGAAGAGAGAAAAAGAAAUCUAAAGAAAAAAGCAGUGCCAACAGAGAACUGUCUCCGGUAACCAUACAACCUCCAGUACUUGAGGAGUUUGAGCACAUCGCUGAAAGUGCUAGCGCUAAUGAAUCCUUUGAAAAUGUGCAAGCAACAGAAUCAGAUGCCAACGUUCCUCAAGUAACUGAAGAGGCUGAAACUAGUAAUAUAAGUAUAGAAAUAGUUGAAGAUACUGGACAACAUGUGGAAGAGACUACUAAGGAACAAAUAGUUACUCAAUUUACUGUAGUUAGUCAAGAAAGUAUUACAAGUAUAACUCAAUCCAGCUCCAAGGUUGAGCAUAGUGUACAUAUCAGAGAAGCACCACAGACAAAAGAAAUAAGUCAAGAAUCAACUGCACAAGGAGUUUCAUUACCAUUAAACAGAGAAGGGAGUUACAAAGAAUUGAGCAGAAAAUUAGAAAGGAUGGUAAUACCAAGAGAACAGGCAGAAACAAUAACAGAAGCCAGAGAAGAUGAAUUAGUUAAUCCAAAUGCUUAUUUGUCUCCUGAAGCAGUAGUAAAAGAGGCUCCUUUUGAGUAUGUUGGGGAAGAUGUGAUGCCAUCAGCACCCUGCUUUGAUGAGGUACCUGAAACAGCACCGUAUGAAGAAGUAGUUAUAGAAAACAGGCCCAAAGUAAAAUGUAUGCCUCUAGAAGAUGCUAUAAAGCUAUGUGCAGGAAGGGAGAUGGAAGAAGUCAGGGCUAUGAGUGAAAGGGAAGAGGAGUUAGUGGAAGCAGGGCCUUUGAGUGGACCUGAGCAUCCAUUGGUUGAUUUGUUGUCUACAUUCAGAUCAUCAUUAAUAGCAGUAGAGCGCGAACGCCUAGCUCUCGCCCGCGGCUUCACCGAAGAAGAGAAACGCAGAAGCACCUUAUGGAAGAUAGAGAAACGUCACGUGAACUUAUCAGAACAAUGUGCCUGUGGUUUGAAUGUAGACUUGAGGGCAAGUUAUGAGCAUGCUGAAAUGGUGAAAGAGAGGUUGCCAAUUGCUAAGUUGAAGCUGGAGAGUUUGCUGCGUGAUGUACAGGAUUCGUAUUGCCAUCAUCAGCACGCUGCGUUGUUGGCGCAUUGUCAGAUAGAAGAGCUAAUAUCCGAGACAGUCCAAAGCAAUAAGAACGUGAUUCGCGAAGCCCUAGCCCUGGUACUCCAAGCGCUACGUCUGAGCGACAACGCGCCGGAGUCCCUGGCCAGCGCGCUGCAGCGCUGGGCCGCCGCGCUGUCGGCCGCGCUACUCGACAACCGCGACCUGAGGCAGCUGCUGUUCCUCAUGCAUCAGCUGUUCAGACAGUCCCGCUCAGUACAAUGGGCGUCGUUAGUCGUGCACGCUUCAGUGGACGCGGCGUCGCCGUGGCGGCUGUUAGCGUUGCUCGAGCUGUUGCUUGCACGCACCCGCCCUGAUGCUGCGCAGGAGUGCGUCGAAGAAUGUUCUGAAGUAUGGGAGGAAUUGGACGCUCAGGGUGGCGGUGGCGCGGUCAGUGAUGGUACCCUGCGAGAGCGUGAUCUGCUCGCACUGUUUACAGCAUUCCCGCUAAGGGACCUGUGUGCCAGGAUCGUGCUGUUUACUCAUUCUGACAUCCGCCACGCGCGUGCUCACGAGUGGGGCGACAACUCCCGCGGGCGCGGCGUGCUCAAGGCCUCCUGCGGCACGCGCGCGCUGCUGCACGCGCUGCUACGCGCAAGGCUCGCGCACGCGACGUACGCGCGGCUGCAUAAAGUGCUCAGGGAGCUGGCGGCGAGGGUCAUGCAUGCGCUCGCUUGCUUGCAUUUGAUAUCUAGAUCAUCAUACAUCAGAGAACUAGAAGACCAAAUAACAGCAGAACUCGAAGCAGUGUUCUCAGCGGGCGUCACUCUGUUCGAUGCGCAGGAGUUGGACAAGUUGCCCGCCACGUUACUCGCUGAUAACACGGCUAAGGACUACUGCAUCUCUAUUAUUCUUGGUUUCCAUGACAAAUCUCCGAAACAACUAGAGCUGCUCUCACUAGAGCUGCCAGUGUUACCAUGUGAGACGCGCAUACGCAUCGUGUCGCAGGCCGCCAUCGACCGCGCGGACGAUCACGAGCUGGCUAGGAUUGUGUUGGAGUUUUUGUUGCAGACUGGUCUAAAACGCAAGUCAGUAUCAUGCAAGGGCCAGUGCGACGUGGCGGCGCGGGAGUGCGUGCCGCGACUGCUGGCCGCUCACGCGUACUUACACGUCAUCGCGCUGCAUAUAGUCGCUGAUUUGAAUAUUGUGGAAACCCUAGACCCCUCGUGUGUGAAGACGCUGAAUGUGCACAAAUGGCAUCCGAACAGCAUGGAGAUACUGUCACUGUUGGAGGACUGGUCGCGGCGCUGUCAAGUGUUGCUCCAGCAUCUGCUGCUGGAGUUGGAUUAUACUCCGCAUGUCGGUCUUCCUCUAGAAGUCCAACUAUCGAUCGGUGCCUGGCUAUGUACAUACGUACACCCCUUACCCACACCCCCCGAGUGGUGCUGGAGCGUGCUCCGUCGCCUGCGCGUGCACCGCACGUGCUGGGGGAUGUCUCUCGACGCACCCCCGCCGGGAGAACAACCGGGGGACUUGUUCAGUAUAGCGUUUGCCAUCUUGUCCUCUUCCUGGGGGCAUUGUAUACCUGUGAUAUGUUCAGAAGGCGUGUCAGGGCUGGUCAAGCUGGCGGCCGCUCGACCGCGGGAUGCUGUGCAGUGCCUGUCUGGAGUCAUGCUGGUCAUGGCGCACUCGCCGGAGUCCGUCGCAUUUACACCCAAGUUUAACGAGGUGUUCAGCACACUGCUGAACUCGGGUCCGUCGCUGAUGCAGCGCGCGCUUGGUCGCGGCGGCGAGGCGGGCGCCGAUCUGCUGUUGCGACUACUAUUGGCGCAAUGUGCCAACGUAUCAGGUAGCGCACUGUGCGCGUGGCUGGCGGCGUUAUGGCGCACGCGUCUCCCGGGCGCAUGCGCGCUUGCCGACGCCGCCGCAGUCGCCACGCGCCUGUGGCCGCAUCUCGACGCCUAUGCUAACUCACUGCUGCAGGAAGAAAACGCAAAAGAGCACAUAGAUCACGCUGUACGUAACGCAGCUUCUGCUCCUCUACUAUGCGAGUGCUUACUGCGAGCGUGGCACGCGGCGCGGGAGGCUCGCUCUGCGCUGUACGCGCGGCUACUGAGCGCGCUACACCAGCAGCGCGCACAGGCACACAAGAUACACGUUGACAACGCGCUGCAGAAAAUAGGUGCAUCUAUGGCCGCAGAAGAGUUGGUAAUAUACCGCACGGCGAACGCAGCGCUCGUCGCUCCCGUCGCCCAUCCGUCACACCUCACGCUGUGGAGACUGCUCAUGCAUCUGUACUUGCAGACACCACCUGAAUAUGGGCCGGUCCCCGCAAUAGGACCUUUAUUCUUCAGCGGAAUGAAGAAGUCCCGAACGCUAUCUCAAAUCAAAAAACGACUACUAGACACGAUAACUUACCAUCACAACGAAGGCGAGACACUUAAAAACGAGCACAAAUCUAUCGAUACCGGAGAAACUCAAUCGAUUCAACGAGCAGAACGAGCAAGUCCGGCUGACACCGAUGACAGUCUUCUACCGGCGUUAUCGAUAAUCGAUUUGACCGGAGAAUCGAGUGGUUCGAGCGAUAGUGAUGACGAUGCCGAUGAUAGCCGAAGCGAUAAGGAAGCUAGUCCGAAUAGGGAGGCGAUUGAGGCAAAGAGGAAUAUAUUCAGUUUGAUUACAUAUCAUGCUGCUGCCGAAAAAAUGUUGAAUGAAUACCUGUCCUGGCUGGAAGAAGGAGAAAAAGUGCGAGCGCCACCUCAUUUUGCUGAUAUCGCAAGAUACAUACCGGAACACGCUCUAGAAGCAGCAUGGAAACGAGCUGUGCCGCGUCCUCUUCCAUCAAUAGAAGUGGAAAGCUUUCCCCUACCGAGUGUACCACCGCCGCCUGACAACUCGCCCCCGCAGACACCCUUCCAUAUCGCUGUUGAUAAUAUCCUGAAGAUUAAGGACCACUCCAGGAGAAGACGAAAACGAACACUGAUAAAGUCACCUCUAGAAGACGUCGACUUCAGAGACGCGCGAACACUGUUAUCGCUUGUCGAUAAACACUUGAAAGACAUCGAGAGGCUUGCACACGAUUGGUGUACAGAAGUGUCCCGCGUAUCAGCUCUAGACAGCAAACUGUGGGAGUUAGUGAGCGUACUGCGCGUGCGUCGCGCAUUGCCGCCCGUGCGCAAGAGUUGCGCUAACAAGUGCAAGCCCAUCACUAUUUAUAUACCGGAACAAGAGUGGUGCAUCUCAGUGGACGCUGAGCGCGGCAUCAAGGAGAACAGACACAGCGCUCGCGUGUCACUGCGGCGACUGGCUCGCGCUAGACCACACGCCGCUAAGACUGCCGCCGCGCUACAUACUAUCGCGAGACGCACAUGCAGCAGUGAGGCGGGAGUUCGCGUAGUGGAGCGCGCGUGGCGCUGCGCCGGCGCCCCCGCUACCGGCGCCUGCGCACCCGCAGCCACCUUGCUUACUGCGCUCACUACUGAUCUCGCUGAGCGUUGGAUAUGCCACGACGGGCGUCUCUCCGCCGACCUGCUCUCGACAUGGGGUAAGCGCGCCAGCACCGCGCUGCAGCAAACACUAUGCGGCUCUCUGUUGGCGCCGCGAAGAUUGGCGCCCGGGGAUUGGCAUAAGGUGUACACGGCCUUGUUGGCUUCUAGCCUGCCUUCGCAUGCUGUGUUCAGUUAUUUGUCUAAGUUCGAAAUGACUCGCUGGUCAGAAACCGCAGAAGCGACCCAACGCCGAGACAUGCUUGAAGCCUUAAUCCACGCCGUCCAACGCUGGGGUCCUUCCCCAGCACCCGAACACACCAUGUUAGUCGAACUACUAGGAGUGCAUAGCGCAGUGCUGGUGGACUCGAGGGAGCUAUGUGCUCAUAUAGUGAGAUGUGUGACCGCGGCUAUCAAUAAUAAGCUGCCCCCUGCACAUUGGACGCAUGUGGUUCGGGCUGUUGAAAUAAAAGCCGCUGGAGUGCCCUUCGAUCAGCUUGGGCACGUGAUCCGGUCUGUGGGCGUGUCAUGGUGGGAGGCGCGCACGGGCAUGUCGGGCGCGCGCGGCACGUCGCACGCCGCGCACGCGCCGCACGUCGCGCGCCUGCUGCACGCGCUGCAGCGAGCAGCAGUCGCAGCCGCCAGAGCACUCAGCUAUGAGCCGGAGAGAGGUAUGUACUGGGCGUGCAUGGUGGGAGGCGCGCACGGGCAUGGCGCGCGCGGCACGUCGCACGCCGCGCACGCGCCGCACGUCGCGCGCCUGCUGCACGCGCUGCAGCGAGCAGCAGUCGCAGCCGCCAGAGCACUCAGCUAUGAGCCGGAGAGAGUGGCAUGGUACGCAUGGGCGACGCUGCAGGAGUCGUGGGGGCCGUGGAUCUCCCCGCACCCCGCCGCGCCCCCGCUGUUGCCCUCCACCGGCGACCACGAGCAGUACACGCCUAUGCUGAGGCACUUCGUCGAUAACGUGCAUCAGGUCAUGUUGGAUUGUCCUGGUACGGAAGUGCCCCUCCUACAACAGAUAUUCGAGUGGUCGGUCCAAACGUACUUGAGCGUUCAGGGCUCUGUCUCCGCGCCCAGUCUAGCGGGAACCGCCGCGCAGGAGAGUCGUGUGCAAGCGUCCGCUAUGCUCGCUGAACUGGCGAAGCUACCCUGGAGUGAACACCAGUGGUUCUACGGGAAGUGUUUGCAACAGGCCUUGCAGAUGUCAACCAGCACAGACCGCGAGCUCACAACGUGGUGCUGUAACACUUGGCGCGGUACACUCGCCGACACGCUGCUGCGCGGCUGCGACGCGACACAGAUCUCACCACGCCUCGCCGAGUUGCUGUACCUGUUCACUGGCACCAUGCUGCCGCAUUCACAACAGAUAUUAGACGAGGCGUGUAAGCUACCGUGGACCCGUCUCCCCGAGCCCGCGCUUGACGAAGCUCUCGAUCGUUUCUUCAUGCUGCACCACAACCCUGCUGUACCUUAUCAUGAUCUUCCUCAGUUCAGGCUUAUACUGGUAGCAUGCUCACUGCUGGUGACUGACCCUAGCGCAGUACGCUCGACAGGCACGUGUCGUGCAGCGCGUGCCCGCGGCGUGUCGCAGUGGGUGCGCGGCGCGUGCGCUCCCACGCUAGCCGCGCACGUGCCCGCGCACACCGUGCACGUGCUGGGCGCUGUCACCGAGCUAGGUAUGUUAUGUGUCACUAGCGCAGUACGCUCGACAGGCACGUGUCGUGCUGCGCGUGCUCGCGGCGUGUCGCAGUGGGUGCGCGGCGCGUGCGCUCCCACGCUAGCCGCGCACGUGCCCGCGCACACCGUGCACGUGCUGGGCGCUGUCACCGAGCUAGGUAUGUUAUGUGUCACUAGCGCAGUACGCUCGACAGGCACGUGUCGUGCUGCGCGUGCUCGCGGCGUGUCGCAGUGGGUGCGCGGCGCGUGCGCUCCCACGCUAGCCGCGCACGUGCCCGCGCACACCGUGCACGUGCUGGGCGCUGUCACCGAGCUAGCUGUAUACUUGGACGAAACGCAAGGAGAAAUAGAAGAAUUACUCAGUCGAGCUGUGGUCAUAAUGUGUAUCGAGCCUGCCGCAGCUGCUGCUUUGCCGGUGUGGGUGACGUGGGUAACAGACGGUCCGACGCGGCUGGUCCGCGCAUGCGUGUCAGCGGUAGCGGCGCUUACCGUCUUCGAAUAUUUUGCCACUCUUGCUGAAGCAGCUGUUAAGGCGUUGUUGCUGUGUAAUGAACCAUACGGCUGGCGUGAAGUAUCGCACCGCUGGGCUUCAUGUCCGUGGCGUGAGGCACACACACUAGCGCAGCGCGGCCGCGUACACGCCGCGUAUGCGUGUGCACUCACACACGCGCACACAGCCGCCGCUGUGAGGGCGACGCUCGCCGCUGUACUUAGUGCUGAUAUACACUUGUACCCAGACAACGAACCAAUAAUAGCCGUAUGGAUAUGCUACGCGUGCCGCAUGGCAGUCACCCACACAGCCCAACCCGAGCAAUCGGACGCUAUGCGCGAGUAUUCCGCGGCGGCGCGGGCGCUGCUGGCGCGCUGGGCGGAGCAGCCAAGGCGGUCCAUACUGAGGGUUGUAACUAUGCAUGCUGAUCAUGAUAGGCCUACUGCACUUCACCGCAUCCUCUGCCGCUACGCUCUAUGCGUCCUCACGCCCGAAGAGAGCACACGACGAGUGUACGAGAGCGCAUGCGCGUCAACUCUCGGCGCCAACAAUGACGUCACCAGCUGGGCCGAAACACCGCAGUUGAACAAACUCGUCCGUUUGGCGUGUAGACUGUGGCCCAAGUAUGAGAAGUACUUCCAGUGUGAAUUAGAAAUGGCUUCAAAUGUCGUAAGUGCUUAAAGAAUCGUAAGUGUGAAAAUUAAUAGUAGGUAAUUUUAUGGUCUGAGAGUACAACAUAUAGUAGAAGCUCCCAUUCGAUUUUAUAAGCAUACAAUGACGUCACCAGCUGGGCUGAAACUCCACAGUUGAACAAACUCGUCCGUUUGGCUUGUAGACUGUGGCCCAAGGAUGAGAAGUACUUCCAGUGGGAAUUAGAAAUGGCUUCCAAUGUUGUAAGUGUUUGAUAAAUUAUAUAAAUUAAUCUCAAUAUACUGUCCAGUGCUCGUGACGUCACGAAUGGACGUCAUAUUUUACUGUUGUGCCAAUAUUCUACGGGUGAGACAGUGAGACAGUCACGUUACGAGUAUUGGACGGUAUAUUGAGAUUAAUUUUGAAAAACAGUCAAUAUGUGUAAAGAAAUUACUUGACAUCUCGAUAUAAAACCGAUUGUGUUCUGGAAUAUUUUUUAAACAUUUUAAACCUCUGUGCGUCUGAUUAAACUUCCUUGAAUAUAUAUCAAUUUGUUAAAUAAUUACAACACUGAUAGUUUUAAUCCAAAUGGCUAAGGUUAGGCUUUAUUUUCUCAUCGUUACAUUAUUGUUAUUAAUUUUGCCUUAUUUUACUAUUUCUUUGAAGCAUUAUAAAAAAGAGAUCUUAUAUAAAUAAAUCAAUUAGUAUUAUUUUGCUGUUAUAUACUUGCCAAAUUAUUUAGGAUGAAAUAUUUUUGUAAGAUUGAUAUUAUAAUACCUGCUAGUGAAGUUUUAUCUAAAACAUUUGACUGAAAAAAUAUGUUGAUUUUUUUAUUGGCUUAGGUAUAUGUAGACUGCGUUAGUUGUAGAUUUAACUUUAGUAUCUAAGCAUUCCUAGAGUAGUUCAGAAAUUGAUUAUUUGGUAGAGGAAAAUGAAUGAAUCCUAUCAUAUUUAAAGAAAUUUUAAUAUAGCAAAUAAGUUUAAUUUUAUCAGAUUUUAACCACUUGUUAAUAUUAAUUCUCUUAUGUGGUGUUUUGUUUUGUGUUAUAUGUUUUAGCUAGUCAACAAAUAGGA